AUGACCAGCCCUACGCGAGAACGCGCGGAUUCCGUAGACCACUACCCAACGCUUUGGCCCCCGUACCCUCGCCCGGACGAAACCGAGGCACGAUCACGCGAGGAGAAGAACGCUCGUCUUGAAGAAGAACGCCAGGCAAAGAUAGUUUCCGACAACAUCGAUUCGCAGAUCGAAGCCGAGAGGCAGGAGCGCCGCCGGAAGCUUCCGCAGGCCAAGAUUCUCCUCUUAGGUCAAGCCGAGAGCGGCAAGUCGACGCUACUCAAGAACUUCCAGUUACAGUUCACCCCCAAGGCAUUCAGAGCUGAAGCCGAGGCCUGGCGAGCGGUGAUUCACUUCAACCUUGUCCGAUCUGUCAACUUUCUCUUGGACCUGCUCGAGUCGAGCAGCUCUCCUCAUCCAUCCCUUACCCGGGCCACAUCCCCACCUCUGUACUUCCAACAUGGCCGCCCUGGCACUUCCAUCGCGACAUCGCCGAUACUGCCUUCUGUCAACCUCACGCCUAACCUCCGACGGCUGAAGAUGCAGCUCUCACCGCUGCGUCGGGUGGAAGAGAUGCUAUCGCAGCGGCUGAACGCUGCGCAAGUCGUACCCUCAGCGUCGUCUUCGGCCUCGUCCUCGCCCACGUCUUCGCACCAACCUUUGCUGGCCACCUACCACAACGACCGCCCGUUCGAGGUUCGGGUGCAGUCCGGCUCGGGAUGGAAAGCCGCGUUCCUAGCCGGGAAGGGGACGCGGAGAAAAGGAGAUAAAGGCAAGGAUGCUAUGCGUGAUGAGAUCAUGGAAGCGAGGACGGUCAUCGACGCGUGCAAGGCGGAUAUGGAGGCGCUGUGGGCGGACGAGGAUAUGCAAAGGGCAUUGAAGGAGGAGGGCGUCAUGCUGCAGGACCAGGCCGGGUUCUUCCUGUCCGAGAUUUCGCGCGUUGCUUCGAGAGAUUACGACCCGACAGCAGACGAUAUCCUCCGAGCACGUUUGCAAACUCUGGGCGUUGAGGAACACCGGCUCGUUAUGGAGACCAGUGCCGAAGCUGGCAAGGAAUGGAUCAUCUACGACCUCGGCGGCAGCCGCGGUCAGCGAGCCACCUGGGCACCGUUCUUCGAGGAGGGCACCAUCAAGAGAGAACCUUACCCCACGCGACCUGGUAUCACUCAGCUCUUGGACGAACACAUCGCUUCCACCAUCAUCUUCCUCGCUCCGGUCAGCGCCUUCAACCAGUCCCUCUCCGAAGAUCGCUCCGCCAAUCGGCUUUGGGACUCGUUCAACCUCUGGGAGGUCAUCUGCUCGAACAAGCACCUACAGCACGUCGCGCUGAUUCUACUACUGAAUAAAUGCGACGUGUUGGAGGCCAAGUUGAAGGCGGGGAUCGAGUUUGGGCGAUACGUGACCAGCUAUAAGGAACAGCCGAACGACGUGGAGCAUGUUAGCAAAUACCUCAAAACUAAAUUCACGCUCAUAUUCAAGCAAAACUCGCCGAAGACUCGAAAACUGCAUCUGCAUUUGACUUGUGCCAUCGAUAUCCAAGCAAUGUCUGAAGUGCUACUGCGAAUCCGAGAAGUCAUUCUCGUUAGAAACCUGCAAUCAUCAGAUUUUAUCUGAGCCAUACCCUGGAUAGCUAUCCAAGGGAGCUGCAUUUAUCUAUUCUCGUUGCUCAUCUGCUUUUCCUGAUUUACUAGUACUGCGAUUCCUACCUCUACAUUACUGUAGACUAAUAGGGCCGGAUGAUAUCUACACGAAGAGCCAUGAUUCGUCUUACAUACUCUCUCACCACUACAAUAGCUGCAAGUAGACCGUUCUGACGAGAGCGUU